CCCGCCCUCCGGGCUCCUGCUCCCGGGAGCCCCGCAAACCCCGCUCCGCCCGCGCCCCGCACAGCACCGAGGCUCCCAGCCCGGUCCGCCCAGCUGCCCCACCCCGGGGCCAUGGGGGCACCCCCGGGCUACCGACCCUCUGCCUGGGUGCAUCUCCUCCACCAGCUGCCCCGCGCCGACUUCCAGCUCCGACCGGUGCCCAGCGGUUUUGCGCCCCGCGACCAAGAGUACCAGCAGGCCCUGCUGCUGGUGGCAGCCUUGGCUGGGCUGGGUUUGGGCCUGAGCCUCAUCUUCAUCGCCGUCUACCUCAUCCGCUUCUGCUGCUGCAGGCCCCCGGAACCCCCUGGGGCCAAGAGUCCCCCACCAGGAGGCGGCUGUGUCAUCUGGAGCUGCAUCGCUGCCCUUCUCGUGGGCUGUGCGGGCAUUGGCAUUGGUUUCUAUGGCAACAGCGAGACCAGCGACGGGGUGUCCCAGCUCAGCUCAGCGCUGCUGCAUGCCAACCACACGCUCAGCACCAUUGAUGACUUGGUGCUGGAAACAGUGGAGAGGCUGGGUGAGGCAGUAAGGACGGAGCUGACCACCCUGGAGGAAGUACUGUCAGAACGCGUGGAGCUGGUGGCCGCCACCCGGGGAGCCCGGAGGCAGGCAGAGGCUGCGGCUCAGCACCUGCAAGGACUGGCCUUCUGGCAAGGAGUGUCCCUCAGCCCGGUGCAGGUGGCUGAAGAUGUGACUUUCGUGGAGGAGUACAGGUGGCUGGCCUACGUCCUCCUGCUGCUCUUGGUGCUUCUGGUUUGUCUCUUCACCCUCCUGGGCCUGGCGAAGCAGAGCAAGUGGCUGGUGGUUGUGAUGACUGCCAUGAGUCUCCUGGUGCUUGUCCUGAGCUGGGGUUCUAUGGGCCUGGAGGCCGCCACAGCUGUGGGCCUCAGUGACUUCUGCUCCAACCCAGACACCUACGUGCUGAACCUGACCCAGGAGGAGACAGGGCUCAGCUCAGACAUCCUCAACUAUUAUUUCCUGUGCAACCAGGCGGUCUCCAACCCCUUCCAACAGAGGCUGACUCUGUCCCAGCGAGCUCUAGCCAGCAUCCACUCCCAGCUGCUGGGCCUGGAGCGGGAAGCUGUGCCUCAGUUUCCUGCAGCACAGAAGCCCUUGUUAUCCUUGGAGGAGACGCUGAAUGUGACAGGGAGCUUCCACCAGUUGGUGGCGCUGUUGCACUGCCGCAGUCUGCACAAGGACUACGGCUCGGCACUCCGAGGUCUGUGUGAAGAUGCCCUGGAGGGCCUGCUCUUCCUGAUGCUCUUCUCGCUCCUGUCUGCGGGGGCCCUGGCCACCACCCUUUGCAGCCUGCCCCGUGCCUGGGCCCUCUUCCCGCCCAGUGAUGACUACGAUGACACAGAUGACGACGACCCUUUCAACCCUCAGGAAUCCAAGCGCUUUGUGCAGUGGCAGUCUUCCAUCUGAGCCUCCCCUCCAGCCUGGAGCCUGCCUCUCCUCUUAGCUCCACUCCUGGCUGCUGGAGAAGGCCCCACUAACCUGACCCUGACUGGGUUCUGACCACUAACACUGCUGGCCACGGACACCUCACAUAGGAUGACAUUCUGCUCUGGCCCCAGCCUUUCUCCAUCCCUGUUUGUCCUUCACACAGGGGACUGACUGCUGAGGUGGCAGAGCAGUGACCAGGGCCGACUGGGAAGGGGGCUGACCUACAGCCGGGUGUCCCUCACCUCUGGCUGGCUGCCAGUAUUGUCCUUGGAGGGACUAAGCUGGCGGCGGCGUCGGCGGGUAGAAGGAUGUCUCUGCUCAUCGCCUAGUGAUCUCACCUUAUGGCACUAACUUGGCAGAGGGUUGAUUUGAAAUAAAAGGGAAGACUAUUUUACAAGUAGCUAGGUCCUUCUUAUUUCUUCCCUCCUGGGAGAGGAAAUCCUGACUGGGCUAGGGAGAGCCCCUUCCCUGGUGGUUGAAAGGCAACUCUCCUCUUGUCCAGGCUCAGCACCGCUCUGGUUCUGAAAGUCACAUGCGUAUCCUGACAAUGGAAGAGGCAGAUCCCAGGAAGAGAACAAACCUAGCAUUAGAUCUAAACGUGCAUGUACCCACAGGAACCAAGUCGAGCUUCCAGUCGCGUGGAAUGUACAAGGCCUGGUGGGUUUCGGAACGGUGUGGAAUCAACUCGCUUCCUGGCGGCUCAAAUCCAGCACAAGAUGUCAGAAAACCUAUGUGUGUGCCAGUCAAGGGGCAGAACUGUUCAAAGAGAAAGUAGAAUAUCUGUAUGGAGUGUGGCCAGGGUGAUGUAGAAGGGGAGACCGGAAAGAAGAUUAAAUCUAGACAGGAAAAGAUAAGGCAGUCUAUGAGCCAUGAAGUAAAAACAAACAUGACAGAGUAAAAAGGGAAAUUUAUUUUCUGGGGAGUAACGCCUAUGUAGUUCUCUUUUAUAAAAAAAGGCAGCACAUAUGACAAAUAACCCACAGAAGCUUCUAUUUAUUUAACAGAAAGACAACUCAAUUUAAAAGUAAGCAACUGAGAUGAACAGAGGAAAAAACAAAAACCCCAUGACAAACUCAUAAAGUUGUUCAAAUUCUAAUGAUUUCCAAGCACGAUGAGCUACUCCCCAGCCCAGUACUUACUUAUUGUGACAUUAAAGUGGGGUGCUGUCUGGUGCUGGUCUAGAAGCCGAGGAAGAGGUGCUCAAAAUAUGCUGCCCAGAGGCUAUGAAUCCCUAGAUAUGUGAAAAAAAAA